AUGUUUUCUUCUGCUUUGAAGUCUUUUAGCUCAAACAUAGCUGCCAAUUACCAGCUAUCCCCGCACCCCUCGUUUACUUCUGGCCCGUGGAAAGUUUAUGAAGGCAAGAAAAAGAGUACCGGAGUUGCAGCAUCGGUUUUCGUUUUUGAUCGGAAAUCGCUUGAUGCGCGGCCUGGUGGCCUUGGCUCCCGAUCUAACACCUCGUCUCUGAAAAAGUUACAUGAUGAAGUUGUCGAAAGGCUUAGACGGGAAGCAAGUAGCCUCACCCGGCUAAGGCAUCCUUCCAUUCUACAGGUCCUGGAGCCAGUGGAAGACACCCGAAAUGGCGGUUUGAUGUUUGCAACGGAGCCAGUCACCACAUCUUUAACUGGGCUGUUGCGGGAGAAAGAUGAGCAAGAGAGAUUUUCCGGUGGUGGGCGGGCCGGCCGAUCUAUCGGCGGGGAGUCCGAUGUAAAUCGAACUGGGAAUAGUAUCGAAUUGGAUGAAAUCGAAAUCCAGAAAGGUUUACUGCAAAUUGCCAAAGGCCUAGAAUUUUUGCAUGAAUCUGCCGGUCUUGUCCACGGCAACUUGACCCCUGAAGCCAUCUACAUCAACACGAAAUCCGACUGGAAAAUAUCUGGCCUUGCCUUUGCUGGUCCAGCUGACGCAGGCUCACAGUCAUCUUUGCCUCCAAUUGCACUUUCAGAGGUUCUAUAUCAAGAUCCCAGACUACCAGCUUCCGUUCAACUUGACCUGGACUAUACCUCUCCUGACUUCGUAAUUGACUCGAAUAUCUGCACGUCUGCAGACCUCUUCUCCCUCGGCCUUAUCAUUGUUACUCUUUAUAAUUCUCCUCACACGUCUCCUCUUAAAACACACGGCAAUCCUUCUACAUACAAAAAAUUAUUAAGCUCACCGUCGACAAUACCGUCACAGAGUAAUGGAUUUCUUGCCUCAGGCCCAAUACCAAAGGAUCUAGCGUCUCACGUUCUACCUAGGCUCAUUGCUAGAAGACCGGCUCAGCGCAUGGAUGCAAAGGAGUUCCAACAAUCCCAAUACUUCGAUAAUGUACUAGUGUCAACUAUACGCUUUCUGGAGACUUUGCCUGCGAAAACAGUUAAUGAGAAGUCUCAAUUCAUGAAAGGAUUGGGUCGCAUCUUGCCCGAGUUCCCGGCUUCUGUCCUCGAAAGGAAGGUUCUUGGUGCCCUCCUGGAUGAAAGCAAAGACAAAGAAUUGCUUCCACUUAUCCUGUCGAAUGUGUUUAAAAUUAUCAAAAUUAUUCCAUCCGGUCCGCGGGUCGUUCCUGAGAAAGUCCUUCCCCACAUCAAAUCAAUUUUUCUGCCAGCUGGAGCAAAAGGCUCUACGCAGGAGCGUGAUCAUUGCAAAGAUGCUAGUCUCAUGGUUGUUCUCGAAAAUAUGGAUAUUAUAGCGAAAACCUGUUCGGGACGGGAUUUUAAAAAUGACGUACUACCUCUGAUCCGUCUAGGAUUAGAGUCCAACGCCCACUCGCUAGUCGACGCUUCAAUGCGGUGCCUCCCCGUGAUGCUGCCAAUUCUUGAUUUCUCGACUGUGAAGGAUGACGUUUUCCCUCCUAUUGCCUCCGUUUUCACCAGAACCAGCAGCCUUGCCAUCAAAGUUAGAGGUUUGGAGUCGUUUGCUAUUUUAUGCGGUGGUUCCGUAAAGGAAGCAUCUUUGACUCCGAACGGUGAUUUCGUUGGCACCUCAAGCAAGUCCGAGCAACCCAAGUCCGGCUCAACUUCGAUUCUUGACAAGUAUACUGUCCAAGAAAAAAUAGUUCCCUUGCUAAAAGCUAUUAAAACAAAAGAGCCUGCAGUUAUGAUGGCAGCUCUAAACGUGUUUCGACAGGUCGGCCAAAUUGCCGAAACUGAAUUCAUCGCUCUAGAGAUCAUUCCAACGUUGUGGAAUUUCAGUCUGGGCCCGCUUCUCAACGUCCAGCAAUUUGGCCGCUUCAUGGACCUGAUAAAAUCCCUCUCUUCAAGGGUCGAGCAACAACAAACGAAAAAGCUACAAUCGCUUUCCUCGUCAAAUGAUUCCGGAAACCCUAGAAAGAGUGAUUCUAAUUUAUUCGGAACGAUGGAAACUGCAAAUGGCGGAACUGAUGUUGAAAACACACGAUCGGAUUUCGAACGCUUAGUCCUUGGUAAAGCAACGACAUCUAGUUCUAAUGAUGCCUCCUGGAAUUCCUGGGACACUGCAAAUCCGAACCCAACAAACCCGCAAGCAACUACCGAUCACACGCCCAGGUUUGCAUGGUCGACUGUGAAUUCCGUCAGCGCCAACAAUACUGGAGGUCGUAAUUCACUUGCAAACGUGUCAGGGCCUUCUCAACGAUCGAUUACUCCAGAUAUGAGCAUGGCCUCCUUCCCUGCUCUUGCCCCUUCAACUACCCAACAGCAAUCAUCCAUGGGUUCAUCAUUCCCAGCGUUGCAACCUGCGCGCCCCUCACAACCGUCCCAGCCUUCAUUAUCUUCCACUUGGUCGACAAUGACCCCGAUUACAAACACCAAUACUAUCCAACGACCCACUUCGAUGAUGAAUCAGUAUUCCGCAAACCCGACCUAUCCGCCAACCUCCACAACCUCCACAACAUUACCAUCAACUUCAUCCUUUGGUCUGAAUACACAGCCAACAAUGCCACUCUCCCCAUUUUCGAUCCCUCCUCCACCGCCAUCAAAUUUCCAGCAACAGCAAAAGCCAUCAACCGAUCCCCUUUCCGCCGCUUUUGGUCAGCCAAAAGCGAACCCAACCCAGCAGUGGCAUUCGAAUUCGACUCAGAUACCCCCAGUUCUACGACCGCCAGUUAACCAGCAGAAGCAGGGCCUUGAUAAAUAUGAGAGCCUCAUUUGA